AUGGCGCUGAAGCGCAAUUCGUCGAUGGCGCUCUGCGCCGUCGAGCCGGCAAAGCGCUCGAAACCCACUGCCAACGUGCUGCAGCCUUGGGAGCCCCUGAACCUUUAUCUGAGCCCUCGGAUACCCAGCGACCGCGCGGCCCUGCUGGCCGAGCGCCUAAGCGCCGAUCCCAAGCUCCGCAUCGUGGACUCGGAGGACGGUGCUCUUCUUGUGCUUCCAAGCUUCGAGUUCGAGGAACUUUCUGCACUCCAGAAGCGUGGCAAGCGGGUCGUUGGCCUGCCUUUGGUGGAGCGGUUCUUAAAGGACCGGAGCUUGAUGGAGAAGGUCAUGGAGCUGCCUCUCUUCGACCUACUCUACCGCUCUGAGAAGGGGCUUUGCUUUUCAGCCAUGGCUCCCGAGGAUCGAUCUCGCCACCAGGCCUUCGCCACCUGGGUCGGCGCCCGGGUGACCGACGACAUCGGACCCGACACGGAGCUCUUGGUUGCGCGGAAGGUGAGCCUGCGGCCGGACUCCAAGUACCAGGCAGCGCUGGCCUUGCGACUGCCCAUCGUGAGGCCGAGCUAUGUCAAGGCCUUGUGGGACGAGCAGCAACUGGUGGACAAAGAGCCGCACUUCCUGCCGCCCUUGGCCGGAUUGGCCAUCAACUUUGGGCCCAUUCAGGACCAGGUUUCGCCGGAGCUGCGGAAGCGGGCCGAAGCCUCCGGUGCUGUCAUCACGACCUUAGACAAAGCGGAGGUAGUCAUCGUGACGGAUGCCUCCAAGCCAAUUUACCAGGAGGGCCGGCGCCUGGGCCUCCUCUGCGCGCCCCCGCUCUGGCUCGAGCGCUGUCUGCAGAUCCGCUGCUGCCUGACCAUCGCCGGGGAGCUGGAGGCCGUGCGUACCUUGAAUCGUCAAGAUUUCUCCGCUUUGUCGGAGGAGCAUCAGAGAGAGACAUCCCUAGGCUUGCAGGAGGCGCUCUCCUGCUUUUCGCCGUUGGCUGGGCCUCCAGAUUUGCAGCACCACACUGUGAAGCUCCACAUCUACGACCUUCCCGGACUAGCUCCAAUCUUGAACACCUGUCUCAAGGGCAUUCUGGGCAUCUAUCGCACAGGAGUGCAGGUGCAUGGUCGCGAGUGGAGCUUUUCCAGCAACGGGAUUGUCGAAUGCUGCCCCGGAGGCUGUGCAUACCCUUUACACAGGGAGUCUGUGAACUUGGGGACCACCUCGUUGUCGGAAGAUGAGGUGAAGAUGCUCUUGCAUCGUUUCGAUUCAGCAUGGGUGGCAUCAGAGUACCACUGCAUCCGCCGCAACUGCAGCGACUUCUCUGAGGCCUUGUGUGUGGCUCUCGGUGUUGCCCGGCCUCCUCGGACUUUUUCGUGCUCAUGCUAUCCAGGGAAGGAGGCGGCACGACAUGCAGACCUGAAGCGUGCCAUGGCAGAACGCAAAUUCGUUGAAGGCCGGCGAGUGGCUGGAGCAAUGCGUCAGGAGAAUUCCAGCCCAGUGAGCACCAGGUUGCCAUCGCUGCUUAGCAGUCCGCAGUCGGGGGAAUCCACCACUGUCCUUGACCUACACAAAGGAGGCCCGCCGCCACCAAGCAGCUUGCAGGUUGCCACACGGGUGCUGCUGCCGCUGGGCUGCUUGCAGCGGACGCAAGAUCACGAUUGUGAUCAGGCUGGGGCAGAGGAGCUGGGAGAUGUGACGAGGCUGCAAAGCCACUCAAACGCACCUAGGAAGAUUUCAGCACCAUCCAUUGACAGCAACUGCAGUUACAGCUCCGAAUCAGAUCCCGCAGCGCAGCUGAAAGAGGGCAAGCGACGAGGUCGGUCCCCAAUUGUGCGGCUGUGUCGCAACAGCGACUGGGAAGUGGUACGGGCUGCGGCGCGAAAGCGCGCGCAGAUGAAAGCUGCUUGUGCAUUCUUCCGCAACAAGAAGAAGGAGGACAUGCCCUGGCCAGGCAGCCAGGACAUGCGCUGGAUGGUACCCCAGGCAGGCGUCCCCUUGGGCGGCAGCGUCGAGGCAGAAGUCUCGACCAUCUUGCACGGUUGUGUGCUAUGUUUGGUGUAUCUGCCCCCAGGGAAGGAGCGUGAUGAUGCAGCCGAAAGUGCCUGGCGCUGUGGGGCCUGGACCACCUUGGAAGCCAAGGAUCCGGCCAUCACCCAUGUUCUAUUCGAUGUCGUCCCUCGCGUCCUGGUCCAUGUGUCGAUGCCGGUCGAUGAGGCGUUAGGAGUGGAGUUUGUGGACGUCCGCUGGCUCGACGCAUGCGUGGCCAACGGGAAGCGAGCUGAUGAGAACCAUUUCGCAAGGCCACGGGUGGCCUACAACCCGACCUGCGACAUCGCGUACCCUGCUGCGCUCCAGUCGGACUUGUCCUCCGGCAGGAAGGUACGGAGAGUGGAGAGCAGCGCUGCCCUCGAGGAAGUUACCACGAAGAGCUCCCAACUGGUCGAGGCGGCCUCCGCGAAGCCGGAGCUCAGAGGGCAGCAGCCUCCGCUGUCCGGACUCACCCUCCGCAUCACGGCCUUGGACGACUCCAAGCAGAGCUGCCGGGAACGGCAGCGCCUUCAGGAGAUGGCACACGGCCUGGGCGCCACUGUCGCGGACCAACGGAGCCGUCUCGGCGACAUUACGCACUUCGUGUGUGUGGUUCCGGAUCGCUUGGAAGCUGGCCUGGCAGAGAAAGCUCGGAAGCGGCAGAUCCACAUAGUGGCCGUGCACUGGUUGCUAGACUGCAAUCGGCACGGCAUCCGACAGCCAGAAGCGCGCUACAGCGUGAGAGACGCCGCGCCGUUGCCCACGCAAAGCGAGCCCUUGCUGGAAGAUGCCGUUAGCAAGGCGAGCCCCUGUGUCGCCGCCACCGUCCUUGCCAAGUGUGACAUCCUGGUGUCGCCCUGGGCCCUAGGUGUGGAGCCGAAGCUCACGCAGAUGGCCAAGGAGCUGGGGGCCACCUCGGUGCGUACCUGGAGAACGCCCGCAGAGCUGCGGUCCCUGCUCCAGGCGUCCUCAGAAGGCCAAACCCGGGCGGUGGUAGUGGAGAAGGACGAGACCAGGCAAGGAUCUCUGGAAGGAUGCGUGGAGAAGUGGACGCCCGAGCUCCGCAGCAUCUUUGUGCAGCCGAGUUGGCUCUCAGCCGCCUGGCAGCAAACGUAUAACUACCAUAUAAUGUAG